GCUAUGUACGUCAGCACGUAGAGGCACGUCUGUCGUUGCUAGGGGAGCUCAACGUGCAGGGAGGAUGACGUAGUGACGCCGCGGUGCUGAGCAGAGGAAGGGGGAGGGCGCUGCUGUCGCUCCGGCCGGCUGUCAAUACCAUCACUUCAUCAAGAUGAGUAAUAGUCACCCACUCCGUCCUUACACAGCUGUGGGGGAAAUUGACCAUGUUCACAUUUUGUCAGAGAAUGUUGGCGGUCUGAUGAAUGGGGAGGAGUAUAGUGAUGUUACCUUUAUUGUAGAAAAGAAACGUUUUCCUGCACAUAGAGUGAUUCUGGCUGCUAGAUGCCAUUAUUUCAGAGCAUUAUUAUAUGGUGGAAUGAGAGAAUCUCAGCCUGAAGCAGAAAUCCCUCUUCAGGAUACCACUGCAGAAGCAUUUACAAUGCUGCUGAAAUAUAUAUACACAGGCCGUGCUACAUUAAGAGAUGAGAAGGAAGAGGUACUCCUGGAUUUCCUGAGCCUGGCUCACAAAUAUGGAUUCCCAGAAUUGGAGGAUUCCACCUCUGAGUAUCUUUGCACCAUACUUAAUAUUCAGAAUGUUUGUAUGACCUUUGAUGUUGCCAGUCUCUACUCACUCCCUAAACUGACUUGUAUGUGCUGUAUGUUUAUGGAUAGAAAUGCUCAAGAGGUGCUCUCCAGUGAAGGCUUUCUGUCACUUUCUAAGGCUGCUCUUCUGAAUGUUGUCCUGAGGGAUUCAUUUGCAGCACCUGAGAAGGAUAUUUUCCAGGCUUUGAUGAACUGGUGUAAACAUAACCCCAAGGAGAAUCAUGCUGAAAUCAUGCAGGCAGUACGCUUACCCCUGAUGAGUCUGACAGAACUACUAAAUGUUGUAAGACCUUCCGGAUUGCUGUCGCCUGAUGCCAUUCUGGAUGCCAUUAAAGUUCGUUCUGAAAGUCGGGACAUGGACCUCAACUACAGGGGCAUGCUAAUACCAGGUGAGAACAUUGCAACUAUGAAAUAUGGAGCGCAGGUUGUAAAAGGGGAGCUGAAGUCUGCUUUGCUAGAUGGGGACACACAGAAUUACGACUUGGAUCAUGGUUUUUCCCGACACCCGAUUGAUGAUGACUGCCGUUCUGGCAUUGAAAUUAAACUAGGUCAGCCAUCGAUAAUCAACCACAUACGAAUACUACUCUGGGACAGAGAUAGCCGGUCUUAUUCCUACUACAUUGAGGUGUCCAUGGACGAGCUAGACUGGAUCCGCGUGAUCGAUCACUCUAAAUAUCUUUGUCGGUCCUGGCAGAAGCUGUAUUUUCCUGCCCGUGUCUGCAGACGCCAUACUGCUUUCAGCAGAAGGUGCAGUAGUACUGCUAACUAUCGUCAUCCAACCAUCGCUUCCGCUGCAACUCUACUCUCCUGCUCUUCUGGUACCAUGAAUCCGCCUCGCAGGUCCUCUCGUUGUUCUUUAUCUAUUCUCGUGGCAUCCGUCGUCCUCCACCGCUUCCACUGCAACUCUGCUCUCCUGCUUGUGUCUCGGUAGCGAAUUUCUCCAUGU